AUGCACUGCUCUUUCAAAUUUUUGCCUUUCGUGGUUACGGCCGUAGAUGCUGUCCAGCAUCGAAAUUAUCACGACCGUCUCCACAAACGCAACGCGAUCGUCGUCGACGGCAGCGGUAUAUGUCCAGCCCCUUCAGUCACUACUGUCCUCGAAGUCCAAGCUGCGUACUACCAUGAGCCGUUUCCCUACAACACUGCCAUCGAGCCUUUCAGGAAUGGCAUUGCCUUCACCGUCUCGAACGCUCCUACGGACGUGACUGUGACCGGCUAUGUUACGGGCACCCGCGUUGAGACGCAUUCACCCUCUCCAGAUAUCUCGCCGAGCUCGACUGGUCCCGCUGUCAACACGAUAAGUGUCUCUGGACCAGGUUCACUGCUAAACAGCGAAAUCAGCUCGCCAACAGCGGCAGAAGCGCAGAGUUCGAGUAUUAGGAAUGCUCCUCGAUCGAGCAGCACCUCCCAGAUACCACAAGCUCUGUCUGCUUCGUCACUGGACCCGACUCAAACCACAUCUCAAUCAGUCACUGUCGCGGACCUUACCUCAGUUGAGCAGACUACGCCGACACCUACGCUCGAGACAUUGAGGAUUGGGCUCGGGCUACCCUCCGGGACAGUGAGUGAUCUGCCAUCCGGGUCGUUCCUCCUCUUAGCGUUCACGUCUCUACCUCCAGCGGCCGCUCGUCGAGACAAACGCAACGCAAAUGAUGCCAACGUUAUGACUCAGCGCCCAGCGAAAGAGCUAGAGAGGCGUCAAGAAAGCACGGCGGAUCCAGUCUUUGCGGCCGAUCUCGCCAACCCCACAGGAAGUCCCGACGCUCCUGGCCGCGACAACUGCGAUGAUAGCACUCCUAUGAUUCUUCAGCGAGGCAGCCUCCUUAAUUCCGGCUCUGCGAUCGCCAAGUUACCAGAUGAAUCCAUGCCUCUGCUCGGAUUCCUGGUCGAUGACCCCGUCGACGAGGUCAAUACCACUUUCGCACUCAUCGAUGGCUUCUUGAGCUGGAUCACGCCCUCGAACGAAGUAGCGGACUUUUUCAGCUGUUCUGGCAGCCUCAUUGCCGCGUUCGGCGAUGAGGUGCCCGACUCCUGUACGCCUGUCAUUGUUGGUGCAAUCAAUGGCACGGCGUGCUCUAGGGUCGUCGCGCAGACAUGA